UGUUGCAUUCAACGCUUCGUACGCUCUGCCAUUUUAGUCGUUCGUAACCGUCGCCUACCACUACUAACACAACAAACACAUCGUGUUCAUCGUAGGUCUCGUCAUCGCCAUUGCCAUCGCCAUCGCCAUCGGCUUCGUCGUCGUGUGUUACUUACGUUCGUGUAUUUUUUGCGCCCCCGCCUUCGCGUCGCUGAGCGAGUGUGAGUGUGUGUGCGUUUGAGAGUUGUGUGUGUGUGUGUGAGAAUUAUUCUCAUUCGCUUCGACCACGGCCUCGUCAUCGUCAUCAGCGCCUCAGCCAUCGUCAGAGCGUCAUCAAUUUGUGCGUUAUUUGGUAUCUAGCCGGACUUGCGUUAGUUGCUAGUGCGCGCCUCCAGUUAGAGAAUAUCCCCCCAACACUCCACACCAGUUCUGCGAGCACCACAUAAUUGUAUCGUGGCCAGAAAACUGCGCGCGAAAUUUAUAAAACAAAACCCUUGUGAAAUCACUACACGUCGUCGUGGAGUUCGAUAAACCCCAUCCAAAGGCGGUAUAAAGUGCGCGAGUGUAAAGUGUCUAAAGUAAAUAUCAACACACCCAUAAAAAGAAAAAUCUGUAAAAGAAAUCCACAUACAAAAGGCCUUAGCGGCCGUAAAGUGCCACACAACUUCACCACCGACAACUAAAACGACACAUUUUAUGCAUGAAAAGCUAAAGCUAAAAAAAAUUCACUAAGCCCUUUGCCAAAUACGCGGAGAGUAACAAAAACGAAAAAAGACCAACAUAAAAAAGCAAUAUAUAUAUAUUCAGUAAAUAUAUAUAAUAACGGAACCUAAAUCUCUGGAUUACAGUACAUAAGGAAGGGAGAAAAAAAUGUUGCAGAUCACUUCAGUUGCUCUUAUUUUGCUGGCAGCCAUCUUAACAGAUGCGCUCACCUAUGGCCAGGUGAAUGUGGAACCCAACACAGCUUUGCUCAACGAAGGCGAUCGCACUGAGCUCCUCUGCCGCUAUGGUCGGGCAAUCAACUAUUGCCGCAUUGAGAUCCCAGGCGAACAGAAGGUCCUUAAUCUAUCACCCGAAUGGAGUAAAACGCCUGGAUUCACCUAUUACGGAGCGGGCUUAAAUGCCGGACAAUGUGGUGUCAGCAUUGAGCGGGUCAAAGCAAGCAACAAUGGACAAGUCAAGUGCAGUCUGGGUGUCGAGGGUGAAGAGCUAUCGGGCACCAUCGAUUUGGUAGUGGCCUUGCGUCCUCAGCAACCAAUCAUUGAGCUUAUCCAGCAACCCGAUCGUGAGGGCUACUACCCAGAAGGCAAACUCUUCCAUGCCCGUUGCAGUGUUCGUAAUGGCCGCCCUGCCUCAAAUAUCUCUUGGUACAUUGAUAACUUGCCAGCUAAUAAGAGAACUAGCGACUUGAAUGUUGUCCCAGCACCAACUAACGAUAAUGUCGAACUAAUGACAUCGAUUCAGGAAAUUCAGUGGUACUUGUCACCGGAGGAUAGCAAUCGUAAAUUGGUUUGCCGUUCCCACCAUCAAACCGAUCGCGAAAGUCUGCCACCCCAGGAAGGAGCCUACAUUAUCAAUGUUCGAUAUGCCCCCGUUGCCCAGCCUGAAGCUUUGGUCUAUGGCCUCUAUUUGGAACACACUGCCAUUGUCAAUAUUACCAUUCGUGCCAGCCCACAGCCCGUUGUUGAGUGGACCAUCGAUGGGGCCAUCGUUCCACAGGGGCAAACUGAUGGACGGUUCUCGGCGUAUGAGCCACAGUAUAUGGGCAACGAUGAGUACAAUGUAACUUUGGCCAUUGCCGGUCUCACAUUAGAGGAUACAACCAAAACAUACAAUUUGCGUGCCAGCAACAAAAUCGGAUCCAGAGACUAUCAAGUCCGCAUUAGCUCCUCAAGCAAGCCGCCAACGAGCAGUUUGGAUGUGGCUGCCAUUGUGGGAAUUGUUGUGGCCGUUGCUGUUCUAGUGCUGAUUGUCCUUUUGGUUGUGUUUGCGCGUGCCACCGGUAGAUGGUGCUUUGGCGGCAAAUCGAUCAAGACACCGACAAAUGAAACCACUAGCAACGACAAGCAACUUGAGAAUGGUGGCAACCAACAUCACCUACAUGGUCAGAAUGUGGCACUGCUAGAAACUCCCAAUGGCAUCACUCUACUGGGAGCCAGCAAACUUCGCGAGUCGAAUGGCAAUGGCAAUACCAAUGAACGCCUUUCCCUGGUCGAACAUCGACCACGACCACAUCACGACGAGGAUGAUUCCUUUGAGUAUGCCACCGAUCGCGAGAGCAGCGUCUACAAUCCAACAACAAAACCGUUGCGCAGUGUUCUAAUGGGUCAGGCGGGCGGACGUAAUUCCCAACAGACAACAACGAACAGCAGGGGCAGCACUAGCACCACCAGCGAUGGCUUGCCAGAGGGCGUGGAAAAUUCAGAUUUAUUGCAACGUGGCAAUGAGUUGGGCAUACCCGUGUCACGAUUCUCACGCUGGUUGCCCAAGGAUCAGCGUGAGUUACUCGAGAAACAGGCGAAAUUGCUAUCCGGUCGCAGUGAACCACCGAAGGCAGCACCACCACCAACGCUACCGAAACCCAUUCACACAGCCAACGCACAGAAUCCCUCAACGACGACGACGACGUCGACGACGACGCUAACACCAACAACACCCACAACGCCAAAGUUGCCGCAGGAAACGGAAAUCUAAACGAACAAUCUGUGUGUGCAGGUUUCUUUUGGGUACAGGAAAUGCAUCAAAUGAUUAGGAUUUUCUACAUAUUUAACAUAUUUAAUUUAUUUGAGACAGUUUUGUAGCAUUCCAUUGAGAUUAACUUUUAAAUUUCGAGCGAAAAAACUCAUGCUCUGAAGUGAAAGCUUUUCACAAAACACCUUAAGCAAAUUUCCAAUUAAGUCCAAAAGAUAAAUUGUACAAUUUGACCUUUGUCAACAUAUUUUAGCGUUCAAAACGGAAAUAUGGGAAAAUUUGAUCUUUGAUCUUAAACUUUAAAUGAAGUAGGACGUGGUAAUGUCUUCUAAAAAGCCCAGUUUAAUUAUUGCUUAAUUCAAAAAUCGGAAAGUUCUAUUACGUCCUGAAUUAUUACCGUAGUGCCAUUUAAAUGUGAAUAGUUUUACAAAAUAUUGGCAUACACAACGGAUUUACGAUGGGAAAACUAUCAUAACAUUUUGAUUUCAUAGCUACAAAACUGUCAUUCAGUUAGAACUUAAGUAAACCAUCACUCAAACACGACAGUCAUGACAGUUUCUCACCACAAUUCACCACAAAUAUAUCAUCCACAUCUGUAUUGUAUUGAGAUUUUAUUAUGAGCAUGACAUCGAUCCUUUUAGGCAUGACUUUAUCAUCUAAUUAAUAUCAUCGUAUCGAAUGCAUGACCAAAUCCUAAGAGAUCGAUGAUGAAAUAAGAUGUUUUUGAACAAGUAUUUACCGUAGUGGGCAAUGUAGAACAAAAUACAUACAUAUAUCAAAGAGAUGCACAACUGAAUUGGGUGUACAACCUAAGGUGUGGCUACUGUACGCUUUUGUUACUUUAAUUUCCUUAAGACAGCUGCAAAACAACUGGAGAAGAAAUAUCUUUGUUUAAUAUUUAAGUUUAAGUUUUUCAAGUAUUUUAAUUAAAUUUUUAAAUGUUUUUUUAUUUAACUAACAAAACAACGAAACGAAAUGUUAUCAAAUAUGCUGUAGUUAGGGAUACAAUUUUUUUACUUUACAUAUAUUUUUUAAUAAAUUAACAGAAAAUGAAAA